CAUUCACCUUUCUCCAUACAUACAAAAUACAAGCAAUCUUCAUCUUCAAUCUCACCCCAUUUUCACAUCCCUCAAAUCUCUCCUCUUGAUUCUCUUUCAGGCUUCAAUGGCCACCGCCUCCGCUACCCUCUACCCUGCCAUGUCCACCGCCGCCCCGCUCGGCGCCCCCUCGAGGCGGCAGAGGAACACCACUGUCCAUUACAUUUCUGGUCUUAACUCCUUUGGUGGGUUGAAAGCUCACAACAAAAUCUUCUCGUUGGGCGUUCCCGUUUGUGCUGAUCAGUCAUUUGCAAACAUUGUGGGAUCCCUGAAACGCCCAUUGAAGGGAAAGGGAAAGGGCAGAAGCGGCGGUGGGGCUCUGGCUUCCACUUGUAAUGCCGCCGGUGAGAUUUUCAGGAUUGCCGCCAUCAUCAAUGGGCUUGUUCUUGUUGGAGUGGCUGUGGGGUUUGUUCUUCUCCGGGUUGAGGCUUUCGUGGAGGAGUCUGAGUGAUUAUGAUGAUGUUCUUCACUUCUCACCAUUUGUAAGUUAUUUGAUUCUCUCACUUUAAACAAUUCACUAUAUUCAUUUUGCCACUCUCUUUCCAAAACAAUGCAAAACAAUGCCAUUGUACUUAUCUUUCCUCCCUAUCAAA